AUGGAGAUUAUAACUAAAGUUGUCGGAGAAGUUUUAAAGCAAUUUUGUGGUAUAUUUUAUUUUGAAAUAACAUUUAUUUUAAUAAUUAUUGACAAUACUAUUAAAAAUGAUGAGGAAAUAGAAUUGUUUAAAAUAAUUUACUUUCUUCUCUUUGUGAUUAUAUUAUUUUGUAUUGUAAUUGGAUUAUUUGCAUCAAAUAACCGCAUUAGAAGUAUUGUUAUAUCAAUAACGGGAGUAUUUUUAAUUUUAGAAUUAUGUUAUUUUAUUUUAUUUUUAAUUGCUGAUUUUAAAAUAAAAAAAUUUUUUAAAAAUAAAGGAACAAAGCGUUUCAUUGAUAUUUUAACGAAUGAAAAUGAAAUAAAAAGUAAUGUAGAAGACAAAGAUUUCUUUAAAAUAAUGAUUUUAAACAUCUUUUUCAACAUGUUAGGUGUUAUUUUAGAAGAUUCUAUAUUAAUAAUUUCUUCUUGUGUAGAAUUAACAAUCUACAUAAUAAUUUUUAUCUUUUCAAAUAGGUUAAUAAGCAUUGAUAAGACUUUGAUAUUCUUAGUUUUAACAAUUUUAAGUUUAAAAACAUGUUUUAAAUCCUUUUAUGAUGAUGAAGAAAAAGGAAUGUGUACAUGUCUUAAAAUCACUGAUUGGGAUAUUUUUAAUUUAAUAAGUUUUACUAUCUUAUUCAUUCUAUCCUCAUAUGUAAAGCUUGUUCGAGAUAUUCUAGUUAAUUUAAUUCUAUCUGUUUUUUAUAGUAUUAUUUUAAGUCUUUUUAUCUCAAUCAUUUAUUACGAAAGAGAUGAUUUAUUAAAUCGCUUUAAACAGCUUUUAAAAGAUGAUAAUAAGAAAGAUUUUUCUCCUCCUGAUGAAGAGAUUAGAAUAGAAUUUAUAUUUAUGGGUUGUUUUAUACUUUAUCUUAUUACUAUAUUUCUUACAUGGAGAUUAUUUUGGAAGAAGAAAACUAUUGUUAAAAUGAAUUAUUAA